AUGCAUGUUGAAAAUGAGGACAUGAGACUUGAAAUGCAAAGAAAUAAAGAGAAAGACAUUGAACCUAUUGUAAUAGAAGCUAAAAAAUCAUUCAAAGGUUCUCCAUUUAAAUCAAAGGUGCGGGAAAUAUAUUAUAGUCUUCUCAGUCUAAAUGUAGGAGUUAAAAAUAUUGGUGAUGUCAUAAAAACUGUACUAAAGUUCUUAAAUGUUGAAAUUGACUAUUUACCAAGUAUUAAAACAGUUAGAAAUUUUAACACAGAAUUGGGAAUCAUUGCGAAAAACCAAAUAAAUGAAACUGUAAAAAAUUCUAAAAAUAUUACACUUCAUAGAGAUGCAACAACAAAGAAAGGCAGGCAUUACUAUGGCAUUGAAAUCUCAACUGAAGGUGAAACUCUAACAGCAGGUGUAAGAGAAGUUCACAAUGGAACAGCAGACACCUAUGUUAAUUCUUUAAAUGAAAUUAUUGAAGAUAUUUCUUUAUGUUCAGGGGAAAGCUCAAGACAGUUCUUUUAUGAAAAUAUACAAAACUCAAUGACUGACAGAUGUGCCACAGAAUCUAAAGUCAAUAAAAUAUUGAAUGAGAACAUGUCUCAAAAUUUGAAUGAAUUCAAAUGUUCCACACACCCACUUCUACAAUUUUCAGAAGUGUGCGAAAAAGAAAUAAGUGUAUUGGAGAAGGAAUUCCAGAAAGACUUUAAAAUUGACAGUCAGUCAAGUUUUAGCAAUGUUUUGAAAAGUGUAUCAAAAUUGUUUUUUAAAGAUGGGACAGGUGAUCCUUUAUUAGCCUCGAACUACAUUAAAUCAAAAGGAAUAAAGAAUAUACCACUUAUAAAUUUUAGAGGAAAUAGAUUUAAUAUAGCAUUUUAUAAUUCUGCUGGUGUAUAUUUUUUGAAACAGCACUUACUCAGCUAUUUGAAAGAUUCUAAAACAUCACUCAAUUAUGUUCAAACAGUUAUUGUUAAAUGUCUGGAGAAUAAUUUCUUUUUAUCUAUUUUACGAGCUAUGGGUAUUUUAAGUAAAAUCGUUACAGAACCAUAUUUCAGGUUUUCCUCUGACAAAGACAAUACUAUUUUGGAAAUGGAUGGUUUGUGUAAUAGACUUGUUGAUCUAUUAAGUACUGCCAAACAAAAUCCACAUUUGUUACUAUGUAAUAGUAUUUCACUGCUAUAUGGUCCUUGUGUCCGUCAGUCAAAUGAAAUAUGUGAAUGUCUUUUCCUUCCGUCUGACUCUUUGGAUUCCUUAACUUCAAUAGUAUUAGCUAGACUAUGUAAAGUGUUGCAUGCUAAAUGUGAACAUAUUUUCAAAGACUAUCUGAAACAUGGCAAGUAUUAUUCCACCAGUGAGGAUAUAACUAAACAAGCAAAAACAUGUCCAACUAAUAAUAUUACUGUAGAAAGAUUAAUGGCCAAAGUGGACAGUAAUUUAAGAAACUCACCAAAUAUUGAUAUACCAAACUUAGAAAGCCGUGUAAUGUAUAAAAAGAAUGAAACAGAGUCUUGGUUGAGCAAAAAAUCAGAGAGUGAACAGGAAUUUGUUGUACAGUCUGCUGUUAAACUCCGGAAAGAUGUUCAAGUGGAAAAUAGAGAAAGAAAGAAUCAACUGUUCCAAAAGUCUAUACAAAUAAUUGAAGAUAGAAAAAGAAAGAAAGAAAACACAGAAAUAAAAAAGGAAAAAAAAAACAAAAAGUGCUACAAAAUAACAUUAUUGAAUUUGGUAUUGUGAAAAGUGCUGAAGAAAUAGACUGUAAAAUAAAGAUGCUAAAAACAAAAAAGGAACAAGUAAUGUUUUUGAAAACGCAGAUUAAUUAUUUAAAAGAAAUAGUUUCAGUUUCAUCCAUUGAAAAAUAUUUAUUUGCAU